AUGGUUGUGAGCGACGUCGAGUUCCUGAAUAUCCUGAAAGGGAAACGCAUCAAACUGACCCUUAAGAAUUCAUCUUACCUCGGCGUCCUCCAACGUAUCAACCACAACAAAACGCUGAUAUUGUCUGACGUUGUAAGUGGCAGUAAUGGGUGCAGAUGUCCUGGAUCCAAAAUGUUCUUUGGGCAUGAGAUUCUCAAUGUGGAAUUUACCAAUGAAGCUAACUCUGACAGAAAUAUUCAUGAGAACAAACUUGAAGACCACUUGACUGUGAAAAAGUUUCAGCCAUACAGGAACCCAAUCACACUGGAUGAGGAUGAGGAUGAUGAGGAGUUUAUCAAUUUUGUAGUCAUCGACGAGUUUCAUGAGAAAUUUGGACCUGCUGUGAUGCACAUCAAGAGGCAGCAUGUGAUUGGUGUUGGAGUUGAUGGAGUUGAGGUGUAUCAGCAUGGGAGACUGUGUUGGCUGCAGAUUGCCACUAAAAACAAGGUAUACCUAUUUGAUAUCCUGUUACUUGGAGCUCGAGCCUUUAAGAACGGUCUCUCCAUGAUCCUGGAAAGUAAGCACAUACUAAAGGUCAUUCAUGAUUGCAGAGCAAUUGCUGGAUGUCUGAUUACUCAGUUUGGAGUAAAGUUAACCAACGUCUUUGACACACAGUUACAAUCGCUCAUGUCAUAUGCCUCACUUACAGUUUUCAUGUGUUCUUUCUCUAUCUGUGCACAUGUUAAGGUGGCAGAUGUCAUGUGCUUCUACUCAGAGACGGGAGGUUUCCUCCCCGAUAGAGUCAGUACUCUGCAGGAGGUGGUGAGUCUCCAUCUGAAGGUACCCUCCUCCCAGCUCUUAUCCCUGCAGAUGAAGUCACAGCUCACCAAGGAGGAAAUGGAGAUGUGGUACAAACGUCCGUGUCCCAUACCCCUGCUGAAGGUGAUGGCUUUAUCAGUGAUCCACCUGCAGCCACUCAGACUGGUGCUGUUGGAUGCUCUGAUGAUUGACUACAUGGCGCUGGUGGAUUCCUACCUCAACAGCAGCCACUACACGCCUGAUGAAUUGGGGCACGUACGCAUGGAAAGUGUGUUGGAGUUGCCCAGAGAGCUCCGGCAGCUGGAGCAGAUGCGUUGUGAGCGCCAGGAGUGGGCUGCCGACCAAUACCCUGUCACUGAGAAGGGUUUGCUGGCUCGCUUCCAUCCCAGAACCACUAAGAUUCCAUCUCACACCUCGCCUGCAGGAGAUGCACAGCCAGAAUCUUUUGAACCUGCAACUGUGAAGUCACCUUCAUCAACACAAGUGGACUCUCUCCUUCAACAGCCACACACGAGGCCCUCAAGAGUCACUGAUGUUUCCUCCGCCCAGUCUGUGGAUGCCCCAACAACUCAGGAUCCAGUCCCUGCCACUGUGUCAGACCUCAGUAAAGAAGUGUCUGGCCUGUGUCUGGGUGUAGGCAGAGGACGCACAGAGGUACUGAUGGAAACAGUAGGUAGAGGAAGGUCCUUUGGGAAAGAGCAGUCAUCCAUUCAGACCUUGCCUGCCAUAGGAAGAGGCUUUCUUCUCCAAAUACCACCAGCUCAGAUCCCCAUAGAGCGAAUGAAAAUUCCUGGUAGGAUGGAGGUGGGUCCUUCAUGCCAUAGCCUCAAGCCCUCCCAAGUAGGAAUGCCCCAGCCUGACACUAGUGCUACUAACUUACCUGAGGACAUUUUGUAGCUUGAGAGGAGACAGUUCCUCAGAAAGUUCCAAGUUGCUCUUAUCCUCAUUCAGGUCUUUCAGAUAGGGGAAGUUGCCCUAAACCUAUGAGGACAUGCCUUAUUAAUGUUUGCUGUUCCACACUUUGUGAUUUCCUAAAGUGACCAGUAGAUGGCAGUAAAUAUUGUGUUUUGUACAAAGGUUUGUUUGAUACCAGCUGUUUAACAAAAGUCAUUUAUGUUUGAAAAAAAUAUUCUGUUGUUUGGACUUUGGACAGUUUACUUAUGCAGUUUGGACAGUUUAUAUAUUUGCAUUGUUUGCAACUAAAAGCAUUCCUGUCUGUUCCUGUAUUUGUAUUAUGUUACUUCUAUGACAUU